AUGUCAUCGCAAACACAGGAAGACGAGCCCGAGGGCCUGUUCAUGUACCUUCAGCGCAUGAAGACGGCCCUGCUUUCGCGUUCCGAUUCAGACAACCAACCUGGGGCCGCUGCACCCGAAUCUAUUGCUUUCGAGUCGCCGUCAAACUCGCCAGUAUCUUUUUCCAUCGCGCCCGCGGCCGAGUCAACCCCGCCCAGCACCGAGUACACCGGGGCCAUCGAUCGCAGCACCACUCAACGAGAAAGAGCACGCGUUCUCCUGGCCAGAUAUGGACUGAAUCUGGAGCCGGAGGGAUUGAAACCACUGCCCGACAUUAAAUUUCCUCGAGUCAACAGAACAAUUCUUAUCCGAGUACGGCGCACCUGUCACCGCUGCCAGACUGUGUUCGGCCCGAACACCGUCUGCAUCAACUGUCAACACCCACGAUGCAAGAAUUGCCCACGGUUCCCUACCAAAAAUGAAGGCACUGAUGAGAGCCUCUAUAUGAACCGUACUCGAAUUGCUGAGAUCUGUGCCCGUCGGCCAGCCACGCUGCCGAUGACACCGCAUCUCAAGUUCACCGGCAACCCCGCGGCGCCUUUGACGAUGCAAUCUCCCACCGGUGGAUCUGAUCAUGUUCGGAAACCAGUUGUCCAGCGUGUCCGACGCAUGUGCCAUGCAUGCGACACUACGUUUAAGCCUGGCACCACGGAAUGUGCUUCUUGUGCUCAUGUGCGCUGCAAAAAGUGCCCGCGCGAUCCGCACAAUCCUGAAAAAUACCCUAAUGGGUAUCCUGGCGAUGCGGAGCCGUCAAUACGCAAGCCGGAGCGGACAUUCAGAAAACCGCGACAAAGAGUGCAUUAUAUCUGCCACGUAUGUAAAACCGAUUUCAACAAGGGGGCAAGUACAUGUGGCAAAUGCGGCCAGGCCAAGUGUGCGGAAACUGUCCGAAAUCCACCGAAAAGAACAGGCGCAGAUUUGGAUUUGAGAAUUAUGAGGAGCGUGGAAGAGAAGAUGGCCAUUUUGAGAUUCACCGACACAUAG